AUGGGAUCCAUCACAAACGGCAACGAGGCUGCAUCAGUGGUAGCCAAACAACAUACCGAGGGGAUGGAGCCAACCCCACUCGAAGCCAUGUCGCACGGCCCGCUCGCUCUCGCAGGUAUCCCGACUUUCAGCAGCCUGGAGAAGAAACGCCGAUGGCAACUUGAGCACAUGGCUGGGGCUUUCCGAGUCUUUGCCCGGCACGGCUUCACCGAGGGAAUGUCGGGCCACAUCAGCGUGCGCGACCCCAUUGUCACCAACGCCUUCUGGAUCAACCCGCUGGGCGUGCACUACGCCCUGCUCCGCGCAUCAGAUAUGAUUCUCCUGGAUAUGAAGACGGGGAAGGUCUUGGUUGAGGGCAGCAGCGGCCGGCCUGCCAAUGCAACAGGCUUCCUCAUCCACCGCGCCGUUCAUGAAGCCCGCCCGGAUGUCCACGCCGUAUGCCACACCCACUCACCACACGGCCGUGCGUGGUCGGCAUUCGCUCGUCCGCUGGAGAUGCUCAAUCAGGAUAUUUGCAAUAUUUUCGGCGCUCAAGCAGUCUAUGCCGAGUAUGGCGGCUUGGCACUUGAUGGCAGCGAAGGCGAGCGCAUUGCUCAAGCACUCGGUCCAGCUAAGGCAUGCAUGCUCAUGAACCAUGGCAUGCUGACUGUGGGUGCGACAGUUGACGAGGCUGCCUAUCUCUUCCGCCUGAUGGAGACCAGCUGUCAAGUUCAGCUUCUUGCUGAAGCCGCGGCCGCCAAUGGCCUUUGCAAAAGAAUCAUCUCCGACGAGGAGGCUGCCUACAACUUCAAGAUGACAAGCGAAGCGAAUAAUCUGUACCGUGAGUUCCAGCCGGACUAUGAGCUUGAAUUGCACCUUAGUGGUGGGGAAUUUUGCACUUGA